ACGCGAGAUUAUAUGCAGUUUGUCACGAUCAAGGACGGCGAUUUUACAAAUAACAAGUCAGGCACGUUUAAGCACACGGACUUAAUUGGCCAACGCUAUGGGGCUAAGGUGCAGGCUACCAUGGGCUUCUGCCACGUGCUCAAACCCUCGGCUGAGCUGUGGACGAGUUCACUACCGCACAGAACGCAGAUUCUCUACACACCCGAUAUCAGUAUGAUUACUAUGAGGUUGUGUCUCAAACCGGGAUCGGUUGUUGUUGAGUCUGGCACGGGUAGUGGCUCGCUGUCGCAUGCCAUGGUUAGAAGCAUUGCCCCCACGGGCCAUCUCUACACAUUUGACUUCCACGAAGAACGCGUGGCACAGGCCAAAAGCGACUUCAAAACGCAUGCGGUAGACAAUAUGGUAACUAGUACGCAUAGGGAUGUGAUGGGCACUGGGUUUGGCCUGACUGGUGUUGCAGAUGCUGUGUUCCUCGACCUACCGGGGCCAUGGGAGGCUGUGCCUAGUGCCAAGCAAGCGUUGAAGGCGGAGGGAGGGCUGGUGUGCUCGUUCUCGCCGUGUAUUGAACAGGUCCAGCGUACGUGUCAGGCGCUUAGAGACGAGGGAUUCGUAGAAUUAGAAACGCUGGAAACGCUGCAAAAACCAUGUCAUACGAACAGCUUUGAAAUUCCCGAAGCUGAGUUCCGCACUUUGGAGCAUUUCGAGGCGAUGGAGAAGGAACGGGUGGAGUUGGAGGCAAUGGAAAUGAACGACAGGCCGCCGAAGCAAAAGAUGGCCAAGAAGCCUCCACCCGAGAUGCACACAGUACUACACACGAGGACCAUGGACAAAUUAGCAGGGCAUACCGGAUACCUCACGUUCGCAAGGAUUUAUCAAACUUAGAGAGACGAGCAUAUACAUAGCGCAAAUCUUAGAACGUCUACUUUGUAAUAAACUUUUAGUG